GAGCAGAUCCAGUAGUUGGAGUUGUUGCACAGCGAUAGAGAGGAGAGAGAGAGAGAGAGAGGAGAGGAGCAGCAGCUGAGUGAGCAAACAGAGAUAGAAACAUUAUAUCUUCUGAGACUAUAUCACACAUCGACCUGUCACUUUUUUUACCCGCUUUGUGCCGAGUGAAGAGGACCACAGCAGCAGCAGCAGCGGCAGCAGCACUCUGGUCCCGGUCUGGUGUGCUCGAGCAGCCGCCGCUUGUGAGAAGAACUCCCAAACGCGGUCGUCUCAGCUGGCAUGAGCUAACCUAGCAGACAAGACAUGGAAACCAAACCGUUCCUGUCAUUGGGGUUCCUGAAGCCCCAGUGCUCGUUGGCUCCUCCCAUGCAGCGAGGCCGUUCAGGCGAGGCUUGUUCCUGUUUCAGUGGCAUGUGUCCCCUACAUCAGCGGCGCCCAUCCUCAGGCUUGUUCCCCAGAGGGAGAACGAGACAGGGAUGGGGGGCAGUUCCAGCUCAGGGCCAGGAGCCAGAGCCUUCUCCAUUUGGAUUUCAUUACAAACAGACCGACUCGUCGGGCCAUUUGACCUCCUCUCCUCUGGGCUCGCCCACGUCCCAUCGGGGAAUGCACCCGUCCCUGCUCAGCCCGACGUCCAUGGGGCCCUCCGGCUCUCUGCACUCUCCCAUCAGCACGCUGAGUUCUCCCAUGAACGGCCUGGCCUCACCCUUCUCCGUCAUCAGCUCGCCCAUGGGUCCCCACUCCAUGAACUCGCCGGGGAUGGGCUACGGCCCCAGCGUCAGCCCCCAGAUGUUCCAGCUGAACUCUCCGAUGAACUCGGUCAGCAGCACGGAGGACAUCAAGCCCCCGCUGGGCCUCAACGGCGUGAUGAAGGUGCCCGCCCAGCCCUCGGGCACGGUCCUGUCGCUCACCAAACACAUCUGCGCCAUCUGCGGUGACCGCUCCUCAGGUAAACACUAUGGGGUAUACAGCUGCGAGGGCUGCAAAGGGUUUUUCAAAAGGACGGUGCGCAAAGACCUGACCUACACCUGUCGCGACAACAAACACUGUGUGAUUGAUAAGCGCCAGAGGAACCGCUGCCAGUACUGCCGCUACCAGAAGUGUUUAGCCAUGGGCAUGAAGAGAGAAGUUUUGUUACAUGCAGCCGUUCAGGAGGAGCGCCAGCGAGCCAAGGAGAGAAAUGAGAACGAGGUGGAGUCCACCAGCUGCGCCAACGAGGACAUGCCCGUGGAGAAGAUUCUGGAGGCCGAGCAGGCGGUGGAACCCAAAACCGAGACCUACAUUGAGACCAACCUCGGUGCGCCAUCCAAUUCGCCCAACGACCCGGUGACAAAUAUCUGUCAGGCGGCCGACAAACAGCUCUUUACCCUGGUGGAGUGGGCCAAGAGGAUCCCCCACUUCUCUGAGCUGCCACUGGACGACCAGGUCAUCCUUCUACGAGCAGGUUGGAAUGAACUCCUCAUUGCAUCAUUUUCGCACCGUUCGAUAGCGAUUAAAGAUGGGAUCCUGUUGGCGACGGGGCUGCACGUCCACCGCAACAGCGCCCAUAGUGCUGGAGUGGGAGCCAUCUUUGACAGAGUGCUCACAGAACUGGUGUCAAAGAUGAGGGACAUGCAGAUGGAUAAGACAGAACUGGGGUGCCUUCGAGCUAUAGUCCUUUUCAACCCAGACUCUAAAGGUCUGUCCAAUCCAGGUGAAGUAGAAGCUCUGAGAGAGAAAGUGUAUGCGUCUUUAGAGGCCUACUGCAAACAGAAGUAUCCCGACCAGCCUGGCAGGUUUGCCAAACUGUUGCUGCGGUUACCAGCGCUGCGUUCCAUCGGCCUCAAGUGUCUGGAGCACUUGUUCUUCUUCAAGCUCAUUGGCGAUACGCCCAUCGACACGUUCCUCAUGGAGAUGCUAGAAGCCCCGCAUCAAAUGACAUAAUAGCAGAGAGGGUUGAGCCCUCUUCACCCUCUCCCUCUCUCUCUCUCCCCCCGCCACCUCUACAUCUCCCACCAGCCCUGGAUCGGGAGCAGGGUUCCUUUUUUAAAAAUCCCGUCUCCAGCAAUGGACAGAUCAUGUGACGACUUUGGAUGGAGAAACCUCUCCCUUCCUCCCAUUCCUCCCUCCCCCUCUUCCCCUUUUGAUGCGUUUCAAAACAAUGAAUUCAUCAUGUCAAUGGGUCUGUUUUAUACCUUGUAAAAAUAUAUAAAUAAGAAAAAUAUAUAUAUAUAUGAAAAUCACACGGCAACACGAGUGACAAACAGAGGACUUAAAAAUAAGGUCGGACAGAAGACGAACGUUAUUGAGCCAUCGUUUUCAUCCUCGCUUUUCCUACACCAUGACAAGAAAAAGCAGAGAUGAUCAGGUUUUUAACACCCACAGUUGCUUGCAGGUAUUUUGAAAAACAAAAAUAAUCGGCGUUGAUGUCAUAUUUGGAUGCUCAGCGUUGUGACCGGGACAAUCGUGGACUGCUGGGAGAGCCUCAGGCUGUCUAGACUUGGACCUGAGCCCUCUUUUUCUCUCUUUCAGGACUUCGGGGAGGGACGGUGUUGGUGGUGUGGGGGGGGGGGGGGGGGGGGGGCGACAACGUCUGCUCAAAGGAACUCGUCGGUUCCUGCCUGACUCGACUGAACACGUCAGGUCUUGCACUAGCUGUUUUUGAAGUGUGAGCUUUUUCUGGAGUAGAAGUGGGUUAACAAGACUGCAAGUGCUCAAAAAAAAA